AUGUCUAUCGCUUCGAGACAACCCCCAUCGAACUUCUUGCCCUCAACCUCCCAGGAUACCAGCAGGCGUCCAACAGCCCGCCCAACCACAAUUGCCACUAGUAUUGCAGCCCAAGAUAUCAUCUGUGCUGUUAGUGAGUCCAGGGGUGUAUCGUCAACGGUUGGCCUCGCAUUUGUCAACCUAGCGACAGCAGAGGUAGUACUCUGCCAGAUCUGUGACAGCCAGACCUAUGUCAAGACAGUUACCAAGAUCGGUGUAUUUGAGCCUAGCGAGAUAUUGUUCAUGAGCACAGCCAAAGAGUCCAAAUUGCGAUACAUUAUCCAGGAAAACUUGCCAGAUCCCAUCUUCACUUUUCUGGACCGCAGGUUUUGGUCAGAUAAGACAGGCCAUGAGUAUCUUGACCGACUGGCAUUCCAGGAUGAAGCUGAUUCCCUCAAGGUCACACUAGGUGGGAACUACUUUGCAGCCUGCUGCUUUGCUGCGGUUUUGAAAUAUGUCGAACUUGAGCUACAACGUAUUUUCACCUCGCAUUCCCUGAGAAUCAAGUUCGAAACAUCACAGGGAUCCAUGAUUAUCGACUUGGCUACCAUUUCUUCCCUCGAGCUCAUCCAGAACCUCCACAAUGCCAAAUCGAGGGACAGUUUGUAUGGGCUGCUGAAUGAAACCUUGACUCAGAUGGGAGCAAGACUUCUGCGAGCGAAUAUACUGCAACCAUCUACUCAACGUGUCAAGCUGAUGGCCCGGUAUAAUGCCGUACAAGAACUGUCCACCAAGCAGGAAAUGUUUGUGUCAGUGCAGCAGGCACUGAAAGGAUUCAUUGAUGCUGAUAAGGUUUUGACUGCAAUCAUACUGAUCCCGACCAAACAAACUUUCCAAUACGUCGAGCAAUCAGUCAACAAUGUCAUUAUGCUCAAGACCUAUAUCUCAGCGAUCAGCAAGAUCUAUCAAGCAUUGCGCACAGCGCAAAGUCCUUUGAUAUUGACAAUUCGAGAGCUGUGUUGCCCGGCAGGACAUAGAUCAGUUGAACGUCUUAUCGACGAUAAUCUGAACGAGCAUAUUAAGUAUCAAAGUAAGCCACUGGAUCUUCGAAAUCAACGCAUAUAUUGUGUCAAGACCGGUGUCAAUAGUCUUCUUGAUGUAGCCAGACAGGCAUACAAGGAGGCUAAUGCAGACGCUGUAGAGCUCGUCGAGAAGCUAGGAGAGUCAUGCAACCUCGUACUUGACUUGAAGUAUGACAACGCUCGCCAAUACUACAUUUGCAUCCCUACAGCAGAUCAUGAACCACUUCCGGAUGUUUUCAUCAAUGUUUAUCGGAAGAAAAAUCGGGUCGAGUGUCAAACAUUAGGCUUGGUCAAGCUUAACCAGAAAAUCACAGACGCACAUAGCGAAGUUAUCAGCUUGAGCGACCAAACGAUCCAAGAGCUUCUGCGUGAUGUGUGCUCUGAGGUAUCAGGACUGUUUCGAAUCAGCGAGGCAAUCGCAAUGCUUGAUAUGCUGGCAGGAUUUGCACAGCUGGCAACAAGCUACGAUUACAUCUGUCCAGAACUGACAGCCACACUGGCCAUCAAAUCUGGACGCCAUCCGAUCCGCGAGAAAAUCCAAAAGAACAAGUUCAUCCCAAAUGACGCAUAUGCGGCGCCGCAGUCCCGAUUCCAGAUAAUCACGGGCUGCAACAUGAGUGGGAAAUCGACUUACAUACGAACUAUAGCAUUGAUGACGGUGAUGGCUCACACUGGCUGCUUUGUACCAGCUCAGUACGCCUCUUUCCCAAUCGUACAUCAGCUCUUCGCACGUGUUGCAACGACAAACGACCUCGAUUCAAAUGUUUCCACCUUCGCAGCUGAGAUGCGCGAGAUGGCAUUCAUCUUGCGCCACAUACAGCCUGGAGGAAUGGUUCUAGUUGAUGAGAUCGGUCGGGGAACAAGUCCCAUAGACGGGCUGGCAAUCGCUGUCGCCCUAGCUGAGGCACUCCUAGCUAGCAACGCGCUCGUCUGGUUUGUCACUCAUUUCCAUGACCUGGCGCGUAUCUUAUCCGAGCGGAGCGGCGUGAUGAAUUUCCAUCUGGCCGCAAAUAUUGCCCCAGAUGCAGCAAAAAUGACGAUGUCGUAUCGGAUCGCUGAAGGUCCCGUCCCUGAUCGUCGGUAUGGUCUUACACUAGCCAAACUGGUUGAUCUCCCCGCUUCAGUGAUGGUGUUUGCAAACGAUGUUUCUGAGAAGAUGGACCAGAUCGCUCAACGCCAGAAUGCCCCCUCACGCACAGUGGUCAUUGCGCAGAAGCGAAAGCUCCUCCUUGCGCUCCGGGAGCAGCUUAUCAUUGCACAGGAUGGCACGAUGGACGACGAAUCACUUCGUAACUGGCUUAAGGGGUUACAGGAUAAAUUCGUAAUGCAAAUGGCUGCUAUUUAUCGGGAGAUGGAUUCGAUGAAUCCGGCUUCAACAGAACUGGGAGACCAUCGGGGUCAAAAUGUGUCUUCACUUUUGGGCGAAGGACCAGGUGGACCUUCUUCAAGUAGAGGCCAUGAAUCCAGUCAAUACCUAGUAGAAGUUGUAUCUGUCCCUGGCAGUAUUAUAAUUGAUUCAGGUUCCAAGCCGGAAAUGACCGAAAGCGACGAUGAGCUGGCCUGA